UUAACUGUGUACCUUUCCUCUCCCUCUCUUAGAGUUCCCGCCAUUACUGAAAAAUGUUUUCUUCUACUUCACAAAUCUUAACAAGCCUCAACUUUUUAUCUUCUUCCUCUUCAAACCCUAACAAAAUUCCUUCAGAAAUUUCUUCUUCUUACAGAUUCCCUCUUUGUUGUUCAGUAAGAUCUCAAGAAAUACUUCCUGUAAUAGAGAUUCAAAACAAAAACCAAUCAUCAUCUCCACCAAAUUGGGCUGAAACUGAUGACGAUGAGAAACGAGAAAUCGGUAAUGAUAAUGAGAAAGGAAUUUCUGAUGGAAUUCGAGUUCCUAGACAAAAAUAUAUCUCUGUUCCUAAGACUAAACUUCUUGAUUCUUUACUUACCUUAUUUGAAUCUCAGCCGCAACUUACUGAUGAUUUCAUUAGCUUAUCUUCAUAUUUAGAUUCUAUACUUCAUGCAGAACAUAAAAGCAUUUUAGAAGAAAUGAGAAUGGAUUAUUAUCUAACUGAAAUUGCAGAAAAGAAUAAGACAUUUGAUGAUACAAAGAAUUUGCAGUUAUCGAGAGAAAACAUUACGGUAAACGGAAAGCAUACUGCGGAGGAUAGUGGGAGUAUUACUGACAAAAUUGAAAAAAAUGUACAGAUGGAAGACCAAGAAAAAGAUGAUGAUAAACCAUUGAAUUUCAAUAGUGGAUUAGAUUUUAGCUUUCUAUUAGGUUCAUCUGCUAAAAAAGCAGACAAAAAUUCAAGGAUUGCUGUAGAGACACGUUUUCAGCGUGCCUUUAUGAAACUUCUCCGCAAUGCCCAGUUUGAAGAACUAUCAGGUAGGGAUUUGUUGUUGACGUCUUCUUUGAACACUGACUAUCUGUUAACGUUGCCAAUUUACGUGGACUGGAAAAAGGCAUUGGAGUCAAAUGCAAUAAUAUACAGAAGAGGGUAUGCUACUGAGAGACAGAAUGGAUUGCUACUUGCUGAAAAGCUGGACUAUCUGCAGUCUAAACUUCUCCAGGGAAUUUUUUUCACUCUAUCAAAACCAGUAGCAAAACUUGGCAUGUAUAUUAGUGAGGCAUUGAGAAGUGCAAGUCAGACUGAAGAAGUACAAAUUUGGGUUCGAAGAUUUAAGAACUGGUUUGAGAAGCUAUCUUUGUCACAACAGUCAUAUUUUCUUCAAGAAGGAUUUUAUGACCAACUGGUAGCUGAUCAGAUAUCAGAUAGUGACCUACCUAUUUGGCUUGCAGCACAGAGGGCAGUGCCUCGUUACGAAGGCCUCUUGUCAUCAGUUGGACCUAGAGGGAGGCUCUUAAGGAGAUUGUUGACAUGGGUUGGUGUUAUGCGUUCCGUGCCAGAAACAUCAUUAAAGAUCGAUACUGAUGACACCACUUCUAACAAUUAUGAAAGCCCAAUCUUCUUACCGCGGAUAUCACUAGGUGAUAUAUGGAGACCAGCAACAAGGGAACGUUGUGGAAGUGUUUGGAAUAUUUUGAAAACAGCUACAUCUAUUUUUUUCUCACAGUCAGUUCUCGAGGAACCAGCGUUUCAAGAGUUAAUUUUGCUUUACACUGAGGAGAUGGGUCAAGGAGAUAGUAGAGACGAAAUCGAGGUUCCUUCAUUAAAGUUGAAGAUCUACGAGAAAAUUCCUAUUCCAGAUCUAACAGUUAUUUUUCCACACAAAAAGCUGUCUUUCCGCAUCCUAGACACGGUACGCUUAGAUGCUGCUAGCAUAGUGGGGCUGUUGGCUUUCUUGGUGAAUUACAAGUUUGAGAACAUCGUGUCAUCCCCAUCAGCGUUCCUGCUAGAUGCCAUUGCAUUCAGUGCCCUUGUGCUAUAUGUGUCGCGUGUAGUACUGGGUUACAAACAAACAUGGGAUCGAUAUCAACUUCUUGUUAAUAGGACACUCUAUGAAAAAACCUUAGCAAGCGGAUUUGGUUCUGUUCACUUUCUUCUGGAUGCCUCCGAACAGCAGCAAUACAAGGAAGCUGUUUUGGCAUAUGCUAUUCUAAUCCAAGCAGAAAGUGGUCAGGCGACUACCCACAAGAGCAUCGCCGAAACAUGUGAGAAAUUCUUGUAUGAUAAACUCAACGAAAAGGUGGAAAUGCCAGUUGACAAGGCUAUGGAAACACUGCUGAGAUUUGGUCUUGUAACUGAAGAAGUUAACGGGGACAUAGGUUUCAAGGCUGUUCCUUGUUCCGUGGCAUAUGAUGUUCUUAAACAACGCUGGAGUAGUUUGCUUGGCGAGAAAAUGUGGGAUUUGCCUGAUUUCUAAUACAUGUAGGCUCUCUCCAGGUAGCCGUCACAUGUAGGGCUCUCUCCAGUGACCAAAUUUGCAUGGUAGGUGAAAAGGGGUGCAGUUUAGCUCUAAAUGAUGAAUGCUAAAGCCAUGAGAACCAUGGACCAGGAUAAGGUAAUCAGAUCCUGCUGAGGUCAUUCAGUAAGUUCAUUUUCAGCUCCUGAGCUCGGAAAGUAUACGAGUGCAUCCUCUUCGGUUAAAGCAAUCGCUUUUAUAUUCCUGGCUCAAAAAUAACUUAAAAGCUUUUGAACUGCCAACAGUUGGAAGGCUGUGAAUGACUGGGUACCUUGUUCUUCUUACGCCUCAGUGGAGUAAGAAGUUAUAGUAAACAUUUAUGUAAAUGUUUUUUCUUGUAUUUUUGUAUAGUUUUUAUCUCCUUGUUUUUGAUUGGUUAUUAGACCAUCGGAGUUGUUCACUCGAAGUCGUUUGCAAGAAUAUCUAAGUAGCUGAAUAACAUUGUUACAUGGUGCCAUGUAUUGUAUCGUCGAUUCCGUAUGUCUGCAGCAAAGUUUUCUUUGUUCUGCUUGCCUAAUGCAACUUUUUACUAAUUUAAAAGCUUCAA